AUGCUGGAAGCAAGGGACGAAUUGGAUGACAAAAAUAAAACAUUAAAAGUCGAGAAUAAUCGAUUAAGAUUUGAGAAUGGUACCAAUCCCUUUAACUCUAACCUCCAUUCCGCUGAGGAUAACCAAAUAAAGGAAUUAAAGAGGCAAAACAAGGAGUUAGAGGUCAAAAAUAGCGAAAGAAUUAGUGAUCUGGAAGGAAAUUUAAACUCAAAAGAUGAGAAAAUUGGCUUAUUAAGCAGGAAAAAAAAUGAAAUUGAAAGGCAAUUAGAAAAUCUAACAACUAAAAAAAAUGAGUUAGAAGCUAAUUUAGCCACCGAAACUCGAGCCAAAAAUGAGGCUCAAACUAAAUUAAAUAACACCCGAGAGGAAUUAAAGAAUAAAUCUGAGGAGGCAAAUCAAACCCAAGCGAAAAUUGACACUCUUGAUAGUCAUCUAAAAAAUACACUUCGGUCUUUUCAUG